UAGCAAUAUUUUUAAAGAAUAAAUUCUUAUCCUAUUAAUUUUCUUCGAACAAAUUUGUGUUUCUCUAUUUUUUGAUAGGAAAUAAUUAAAAUGGCUUAUUCUUCACUUUUGUUGAAAGGUAAAACAGCAUUAGUGACUGGUGGGGGUAGUGGUAUUGGGAGAGCAGUUUGUUUAACUUUUGCAAAAGAAGGUGCUACUGUCAUUGCAACAGAUAUAAAUGACGAUGCUGCUAAAGAAACGAUUCAAACAGCUGAAGAUGCAGUCAAGCAUUUUGCACAAUCUGUUGAUGUUUCUAAUAGUGAAUCUGUGGAAAGCUUGAUGUCCAAAAUAAAGCAGUCAUGUCCAAUUCCUGAUGUUUUGGUGAACUGUGCAGGCAUAACUCGUGACACCUUCAUGUUAAAAAUGACUGAGUCCAUGUUUGAUGAUGUCAUAAAAGUAAAUUUAAAAGGAACAUAUCUAAUGACUCAGGCAGUGAGUAAGCUUAUGAUAGAUACUAAAGUAGAUGAUGGUUCAAUAAUAAACAUUUCAAGUGUUUCUGGGAAAAUAGGAAAUGUUGGUCAGUGUAAUUAUGCAGCAUCUAAAGCUGGAGUUGAGGGUUUGACAAAAACUGUUGCGCGGGAAUUAGCUACAUAUAAUAUCAGAUGCAAUGCUGUGAUGCCGGGUUUUAUAGAUACGCCUAUGGUAGCCACUGUACCAGAUAAAGUUAUAGAACGUAUAAAAAGUGAAAUUCCACUCAAACGAUUAGGCAAACCUGAAGAAAUAGCAGAUGUGUGCGUCUUUUUGGCCUCACGUCGAAGCUCAUACAUAACUGGCAGCGUAAUUCAAGUUUCUGGAGGACUUUUUAUGUAAAAUCAGGCCCAAAUCUGCAUGCUCCCAGACCCCCACAGAGGUCUGCACAGGUGAGGGGGGGCAUGUCCUUAAGGGGCACAACAGCCCAAGAAAUUAAUUGGAAAAACUAGCACUAAGACAUAAGGUUGCAAAUAUGCAUUGCUAGCCUUUGUAGCCCUACAGAUCUUGUUGCAGUGGGGGGGGGGUAAAAUUUAUAGAUCUGGGCCUGUGUAAAAGAAAGAUAUUAGACUGCCAAACUUUCAGAAAACUCAACAGUAUACAAGAGAAUGAUUAUACUAAAAUUUGAAAUAAAAGUUUCUAAAACUUCAUGAAAUACUGAUAACCAUUUAAAGUAAUUAAUUUCUCUUUGUGCAUGUUCAAAAGUCAGCAAUUUAUAACUUUCAAAAUUUCAUAGACAUAUAGAUUUGGCAACUUAAAAAAAAAAAAAUGAGUUGAAUAUCAUGAAAACUGAAAGUAUUGGCGACCUAAUGAGCCAAAUUUUAUUUAUUCUCUCAUAGGCAAUGUUUUGUAAGGUUCGUUCACAAAUAACCUUUUUAAUCAGGAAUUUCACUGAGCGACUGCAGGCAAGAGUUGCAAAUUUGUAAAUGAUUCCAUAUGCUUUGUCGCCUAUCUGAAAAUAAUUGAAAUGCGACUCAUUAGCUUGUCAAUAUCUAUUUAGGUUGUUAUGAUACUUGACUGGUAAUUUUAUAUGAUGAUUAAUCUAUUUAAUGGUUAAUCUUUUUUUUUUUUUUUUUUGCGAAAAAAGCUACAGAACAAUUGGUCUCUUUUUUUUUCUAGCGAUUUUUUUUUAAUGUGAACUUUUGCAAGCGGUACAGUUUUUUUUUUUUUUUGUCAUUGUAUAUGUUUUCUAAGUUUUUGUUUAUUUUAUAAAUAAUUGAACAUAAAUAAUUUGUAAAUUAUGUGUUUUUCAUGUUAUUAAUGCAUCAGCAUCUUAAUUUUUACCAAAAAAAACCAUCUUAAUAAGAGCAAACUUAAAUAUUCUAUUUCAGAUGAUGGGUUUAAGGGUUAAAAGUAACUACUAUAAUGUUUUUUUUUUUUCCAUCUUAAUACCUUCUGUAAUCAUUUCAAAGAAAAUUCUGUAAAACAUUCAAAAAAAAAAUUAAUUCAUGCAUUCACAACAAUACUAAAUUAUGUAUUUCUUGUAAAUAUUAUGAAUAUUCAAAAGAAAAAUGUCUUCACAUAUACAUAUAUUUUUGAUUCUAAGAUUGUAAUUAGCUGUAAUAUUUUUAUAUGUUUUCUAUUUUUGUCAUUAGCUUUGGAAAAUAAUAUGAAUAUUUUUGGAAAUUUUUAAAUAAUAAAUUCAUUAUUUUCUUUGUAAAGAUGUUUGUUAAAUAUGAUAAUGAAAACUCUAAUAAU